UUGCUUCUGUCAGGUAAAGAGGGUGAACAAGAUAUGGAAUAAAUACCCUCGUCAGACUAACAACCGUCACUGGUAUUUGCCUAGUAAUCUCAGAUUUACUCCAAGUCUCAGAAUGCCCCCCAAGGUUAGCGGAAAAGCUGCGAAGAAGGCCGGCAAGGCCCAGAAGAACAUCGCCAAGGGCGACAAGAAGAAGAAGCGCAAGAGGAAGGAGAGCUACGCCAUUUACAUCUACAAAGUCUUGAAGCAGGUCCACCCCGACACUGGCAUCUCCUCCAAAGCCAUGACCAUCAUGAACAGCUUCGUCAACGACAUUUUCGAGCGCAUCGCUGGAGAAUCGUCCCGUCUUGCCCACUACAACAAGCGUUCGACCAUCACCAGCCGGGAAAUCCAGACGGCCGUCCGUCUGCUCUUGCCCGGUGAGUUGGCCAAGCACGCCGUGUCUGAAGGCACCAAGGCAGUCACCAAGUACACCAGCACCAAGUAGAUUGUUCCUCUUGGUCUCUCUACAAACCAAACGGCCCUUUUCAGGGCCACCAAAAUAUUCAAGAAAUGAAAACAAUUAA